GAUUGGUAGAAGGUGGCUCUCGUGCAGGACAAGGGAGUCAAUCGAAGCAAGUCACUAUGCAGGAUCAGGCGACAAGUCCAAUCAUGAUUGAGGAUGAUGACCAGUCUAAUUCUGUUGGUAAUAAUUCUCACUCUCGUCUUUUGUAUAUCUCCAAAACUCCAGAGAAUCAAGCUAAUUCUAAUGAUGAAAUCCGUGCCACUAAUACACAGGAUAACUUAGAGAAUCAAUCUAAUGUAAAUAGCGGGGAUGACACCAAUGUGCAAGAAAGUAAAUCUCAAUCAAGAAGAAAUUCAUCAAAAAAAUGGACCUUUCCAAAGAUCACUCGUGAACAAGAAAAAUUCCAGGCCUUGUUGUAA